AUGACACAGGAAGUGGGCAAGUCCAAAGAUGGGGUGCCACAGUGGGAUGGGAAUCCUGUGGGAUUCCAGGAGUACUACGAGAUGUGUCAGUUAUGGGAGGCCACCACGCCGUGGCACAAGAGAUAUAUGAACGGCCCGAGGCUGGCAACAGAGCUGCAAGGCGCCGCCAAGCGGCUGAUUCUGGGGAAGUCCCCAGAGUGGUUGGCGCAUCCGGCGGGGACACAGACCCUCUUGGAUCACCUGAGGGCAUGUCUCGGCCGUCCGCAGCUUAGCGAGCUUUCAGAUUAUCUUCAGAAGUACUUCCGACAGAGUCGCCGACGGGCUGGCGAAAGCAUUGGCGACUAUGUGACACGGAAGUGCGAAGUUUACUUGAGGGCCAAGCAGGCGUAUCAUCGAGUACGACCUCUACAUCAAGAUCGUCGACAACAUCCGACCUCCUCCCGCGACUAUGGGACUCCAUACUGGAAUGCCUCGAGAAGGAACAGCUGGGACUCCGAAGCCUCGUCCCAGGCAGCAGCUCCCGUGAGCGAGCAAGAUGACAACACCUCAGCAGAGGCGACAGGCGAGCAGCAAGAUGAGUGGACCUGGGGGCGCUCCCAGGAUGAGCAACUCCAAGGAUGGCAGACUGGCUGGGGCUGGUCAGGCUACUCCACUAGCUGGUGGGGCUCUCCAUCGUGGCAUUUUGCCGCGAAACCAAGCGCGUCAGAGCAGAUCGAGGAGCUCUUGCCAGACUACAUACAGGGAUGGUUGCUACUGCAAGAUGCUGGAUUGGAAUUGCGGAACCAAUGGUCUGAGCAGGAUUUGAAGCGGCGAGAUCACGCCACCAAGAACAGUGGCUACUGGGGCGAGCUCCAGGAUGAUGACGAGGAUGAGGCCGAUGCCAGCUUCGGCUACGACGAGGAGAUCCUGGUGGCCGAGGGCAUGAAUGAGGAAGGUCUCUGGGCCAUGCAAGAAGCAGCUCACGAAGAGCAAGAGGCCUUGGUCAUCCUUCAGGGUGCGAGGAGGACUCUACGAGAGGCCCGGGAGAAGCAGAAGUUCGUGAAGUGUGGCCGGACCGGCCACAGAGUGGCCGAUUGCCCAGAUCCACCGACUGGACAGGGCAAACCGGACGAGCAUGCUCCUUUUGUCUGUUAUGCCGAGGGAACAGACACAGCCGAGGAAGCUAUGAUGACUACAGCGCCUACGACAGAAGACGCCGUCCUCCGGGGAAUGGCUGUUGUAGAUGGAGGAGCCACCAAGACGGUGGCGUCAGUGCAAGCGGUGGUCACUCAU